UAAAUGAGGACGCGUGCGUGCGUCUGAGGACAGACCUGCGCACUGCAAAAUGGCGAAUCGCAGCAAGGACCUGGAGGAGGAGGUUUACGACAAGGUCGUGGACCUGACGGAGUACGCCAAACGACAGAGAUGGUGGAAUCGCCUGUUCGGUAAAAACUCCGGCCCCGUCGCGGAGAAAUACUCCGUCGCCACGCAGAUCGCCAUAGGAGGAGUGAGCGGAUGGUGUGCAGGUUAUCUGUUCCAGAAGGUUGGAAAAGUUGCUGCUACUGCUGUGGGGGGAGGUCUUCUGCUGCUGCAGAUAGCCAACAACAGUGGUUAUGUCCAAGUUGACUGGAAGAGAGUAGAGAAGGAUGUCAACAAAGCAAAGAAGCAGUUAAAGAAGGGAACAAAUCAGGCAGUUCCUGAGCUAAACACGUUUGUUGACAAGUCCACAGAGUUUGUGAAGAAAAACAUUGUUGUUACCAGUGGCUUCGUUGGGGGAUUCCUGCUCGGCCUGGCAUCUUAGGGUCUGCCAAAAACCAUGUGUCUUUGAUGUUUAAAAAAAAAAAAGAAAGGCAAACUAUCAAUCAUUGCUGGAAGGUAUUAAGAUAUAUCUUUUCUUUAAACUGCGCCUUUUUUGUCUUUGAAACUGUUAACACUUAACCGAAUCUGUUCAAACCCCUUAUAUCCGAAGGGCCCUCUCUAAACACUCUCUGGUUUAAGUGAUUAUGUGUGUCCUGAAGAGUUACUUUGUGAAGGAAAAUUGAAAGCCUAUCAGAAUGUCAUCACUUCCUGUUUAUUUAUUUUUAGAAAACUGAUAUUGUUCCAAUAGGAAAAAGUGUGCGUUGGUUUUGCUCAGCCAGUGUGUUAAGAGCCUUUAAAUUCUCCACCAAUCAGACUCCAUAAAUGCCAGGAAUUAUACUUUGCAUUUUCUAGACAUCACAAUCAUCUUCAGAGUGACAACUUGAAUGUUCAUAUUCAGUGCUGAUGGAUAAUGAUGAGAUUAAACUUCUAUCAUGUGUGCUAAAUGGUUGUAUCUGCCUCCCUGUCAUCAUUUUUAUGUAUUUUUUGGGGGGGAUUUGAUGCCUGAGGUACUGAAGACUAUGGUUUUACUCAGUAUCUGAAUAAAAAUAACUACAUCAAAUGUA